CCUUUCCAUUUCCAUUUUCAUCUCCAUUUCCAUUUCCCCUGCGUCGUCGUCACUUGUAAAAGCUGCUUCUGUUUCCCAAUUUUCUGGCCAAACCCUAAUUCCUCCCUUUUAUUAUUAUUAUUAUAUAUAUUUAUUUAUUUUUAUAUUUUUAUUAUUAUAAGUAAUAAAGAUCAUCUUUAUGUUCCGAUUCCCUUAAUCACUUCCUCCUCUACUGGUCUCUUGACGUUCUGGUGAAAUUCUGGUUGGGUUCUUGGUGAGUUUUUAAAAGAAAUUCGCCCAUGGCGGAAGAUAGCCAAGGUGUAAACCGGCUUCUUUCUGGUCUGGCGUUGAUAUUGGAUGGUGAAGAUAGGAAAGAGAGUUGGAAGAAAAAAAGUGUUGUCUCGUAUAGUGAUGAUUUUGGUGAACAGUCACUUGAAAGAACUCUGGAGCAUUUGUUUGAUUUACCGUCGAAAACGAUUAAUUUGUUGACUUGUCAAGUUGAUGACAAUGUGAUCAGUUCUAUUAUAAAAAAUGAUUACUUGAAGUGUGGAAGAAGUUUGUUGAGUGGUGAUAGUUCUAGAGAGGGCGUGUCGGCUGUUGAUGGGUGUGGGCCGUAUGUUGUUAAGAUUGAGGAAUCUAGUGUGUGUGGUGAGUUUCAGGUUAUAAAUUCGCCUUUGUUAGUUGAGAGCCAUGCAGUGUUUAGUAGUGCACGAGCAAAUGUUUGUGUGUGGAAAGGUAAAUGGAUGUAUGAAGUGACUCUUGAAACUGCUGGGUUGCAACAGCUUGGAUGGGCCACGAUUUCUUGCCCUUUCACCGAACACACGGGUGUUGGAGAUGCUGAUGAUUCCUUUGCUUUUGAUGGGAAACGGGUUAUUAAAUGGAACAUAAAUGCGGAGCCUUAUGGUCAGUUAUGGGUCGUUGGUGAUGUUAUUGGAUGCUGCAUAGAUUUAGAAGCGGAUGAAAUUUCGUAUCAUAGAAAUGGUAUUUCACUUGGUGUGGCAUUUCAUGGAAUCAGGAAAAUGGUCCCUGGCUUGGGAUAUUAUCCUGCUAUUUCACUUUCCCAAGGGGAGCGGUGUGAUUUAAAUUUUGGAGCCCGUCCUUUUCGAUAUCCUGUUCAAGAAUUUCAUCCGAUUCAAACCCCGCCACCAACAAAUCAGAUAGCUACGCGUUUGCUUCAUUGCUUUUCAAAGUUGUUGAAUAUGUGGCGGGGGGAGAAGACCAGUUAUAAUUGUGUGAAGUUGAGAAGACUAAAACGGUUUAUGCCUGUUGCAGAGCUAUAUAAUCCUGUUUCUCGUGGAAUAUGCAUGGAGUUAUUCUCUGCUCUUGAUGCAAAUGCAGAGAGUGUAGAAUAUGUUAGUUGGGGUGUGUUUUUAUCUUUUCUCAUGGAUGUUUUCCGGGAUCAACCACCUCAUGACUAUGAAAGUUUGGAUAGAGUACUUGAUACUUUGCUCGUGUUUCCAGGGUCGAUAAAGAUGUUUGAACACCUUCUCUCUGCCCUUUCAUACUUUUGUAAAACGGCCUGUCUUGUUUUGAGAGAGAGUCCAUAUUCGGGAUCAUAUCCAUAUCUUGCUUUGGCUUGCCAUAUGUUGAGACGUGAAGAUCUGAUGGUCAUUUGGUGGAAGAUGUCGGAUUUUGAGUUUUUAUUUGAAGGAUUUCUAUCUCAGAGAAGUCCCAAUAAACAAGACCUUCAAUAUAUGAUACCUGCUGUAUGGUGGCCUGGUUCUUGUGAAGAUAUCUCUUAUGAAAGUAGCAUGAUGCUGACCACUAGAACUUUGACUGAUGCGGUUGAUAAGAUCGAGGAAAAACAUAGGGACAUUUGUUGCCUUGUCAUGCAGUUUAUUCCACCCGUGACACCUCCCCAGUUACCUGGCUCUGUCUUCAGAACAUUCUUACAGAAUAUUAUAUUGAGAAACAGGGGAGCAGAUCGCAACAUACCACCACCUGGAGUAUCCAGCAAUUCGGUUCUUGUUUCAUUGUUCACAGUUAUACUUCACUUCUUAUCUGAAGGAUUUGCAAUGAGGGGCUGUGGCUGGAUGAUGAGUUCAGGAACCAGUAAAGGGUCAAGUAUUGGGUUCUUACAUAGAGGUGGUCAACAAAGUUUUCCGCUUCCAAUAAUUCUCAAGAAUGACCCUCAUCGGGUGGAGAUCCCAAGACUUGGUGGGUCCUUCAGCCAUCUAGCAAAUUUUCACCCUUUAAGUAUAGACCCUGAAGCAGAAGUGGUUCGGUGGGAGGAAGGAUGUGUAGAUGAUGAAGAAACAAGAAUAACACAUAUAGGCAUUGAAAAGCCCUGUUGUUGUUUAAGUUUGGAUGCCAACUUUUCGCGUAUCUCUAGGAAUCCGUUCAAGUACACAACUAAAGCCUCUCAGAGCCAUUGCAGUUCGAUUCCAGAAAGAUCUGCACAGGUGGCUGCUGAGUGCAGCUCUGGAAAUUUGAAUGAUGACAUGGUGGAUAAACCUAGCACAAGUGACCAGUCUGAUUCUGAGUUUGGUUAUCGACCUGUGCAGCAGGUGAGGGUUGUAGAACUUGAGAGCACUUCUUCUUCAUCAACAUUAGUUGAAGAGGAGCUUUUGGAUGCCAUGCUUUUAUUGUACCAUUUGGGUCUUGCUCCGAAUUUUAAGCAGGCAUCAGCCUACAUGUCUCAUCAGUCACAUUCAAUAUCUCAAUUGGAAGAUACCGACAGACAAAUAAGAGAACGAGGUAAUGGUGAACAAUUAAGACGAUUAAAGGAGGCCCGGAGUGUCUACCGUGAUGAGGUUAUUGAUAGUGUGCGUCAUUGUACGUGGUACCGCAUCUCUCUUUUUGCUAGAUGGAAACAAAGGGGAAUGUAUGCGACAUGUAUAUGGAUUGUUCAAUUGCUUCUGGUUCUGAGCAAAAUGGAUCUGGUUUUUGGCUAUGUUCCCGAGUUUUAUUUGGAAACUUUGGUUGAUUGUUUUCAUGUGUUGCGUAAGAGUGACCCUCCGUUUGUACCCGCUGGAAUGUUUAUAAAGCAUGGACUUUCUUCAUUUGUUACUUUUGUUGUAACCCACUUCAGUGACCCGAGGAUAUCAAGUGCGGAACUAAGAGAUCUGCUUCUUCAGUCAAUUUCUGUGUUGGUUCAGUACAAGGAGUAUCUAGCUGCUUUUGAGAGCAACCAAGCAGCAAUUCAUAAUCUUCCAACAGCACUUUUAUCAGCAUUUGAUAACCGAUCAUGGAUUCCUGUAACGAAUAUCCUUAUACGCUUAUGCAAGGGUUGUGGGUUUGGAUUUUCAAAGCAUGGAGAAUCUUCAUCCACUUCGAGUGUGUUUCAGAAAUUACUGCGUGACGCUUGUAUUAAGGAUGAUGAAUUAUUUUCAGCAUUUCUGAAUCGUCUUUAUAAUACUCUCAGCUGGGCGAUGACAGAAUUCUCAGUUUCAAUUCGAGAAAUGCAAGAAAAAUGUCAGAUGAUAGAGUUUCAGCAGAGAAAAUGCAGUGUUAUAUUUGAUCUAUCCAGCAAUUUAGCAAGGGUACUAGAGUUUUGUACGUGUGAGAUUCCACAAGCUUUUCUGUCAGGGACAGAUACGAACUUGCGUAGAUUAGUAGAGCUGGUUGUAUUUGUCCUUAAUCAUUUGACUUCAGUUGCUGACCCCGAGUUCUUUGACUUGACUCUUAGAAGACCUGGUCAAACUCUAGAGAAAGUCAACAGAGGCAUGAUUUUGGCACCUCUGGUCGGUAUCAUCUUGAAUUUGUUGGAUGCUAGUGUUGUGACUGAUUCCAGAGAGCAGAAUGAUAUUGUGGGCAUUUUUGCAAGUAUGGACUGUGCUGAUACUCUUAUUGCUGGCUUCCACUACCUAUUAGAAUUUAAUUGGGCUGGAACUUUUAAGGGAGAUGUUCAUCUCACAAAACUCAGGCAACUAGAAGAUUUUUCUAGCCAUCUCAUAUCCAGAACGGUCAAGAAGGUGAGUUACAAAGAAGAUUUAGAAGGUGAUGACAAUGUGUGCUGCAUCUGCUACACUUGUGAAGCAGAUGCCAAGUUCUUACCAUGCACACAUGUUUCCUGUCUUGGCUGCAUAAACCGCCAUCUCAUCAAUUGUGAUAGAUGCUUCUUUUGCAAUGCAACAGUACUUGAAGUCAUUCAGAAUGAUGCAAAAACUUGUCCGAUAUGACUUAUAUUUAUUGGUAAGGACAAUACCAAAUUAUAUCUAGUUUUUAUUAGUAGGAUUACAUGGGCAAAAAAGAAAAAGACAAACAUAAGAGUAGUUAUUUAUAGAAAGUGGAAAAGAAGCAUAUAUUAGAGAUAAGCUGUCAUUUUGUUAAAACCCCAUUAGUGAUUGCUUGGUAUCAGGGGAUUUAUGAAUUUUGUAGGGGGCCAAGGGGAAUUAAUUUUGUAAAUUUGCAAUAUCAAUGAAAGGUAAAUCUUCUUUCUUUA